GACUUCGCUUCGGUAUGGUUGUCAUUUCGUCCAUCUAUCGAAUAAUUUGAUAGGUGAGAGGAGAUUAAUUAACAUCAUCACAGCGGGUCAAACAAUAAUCCUUCAAUUACGAAAACGAUCGCCGCGAUCGCGCCAACGAAAGAGUGGUUUCCGUUAACGCUUGGACACACCGCCAUGAUCGAUGUGGGAAACAAAGAUGGCGGAAUAAUACGGUGAUCGUAAGCAAGACAAGUGUUGUGGAGUGUAGUUAUGUGCGGUGGUGGGUGGAAAACGCAGCGUUGUCGCGGCGCCUGAGCGUGGAGGAGGGCGAUGGCGCGGCCGGGGUGAUGCCGCCGCGGCCAGCGGCCGGCCGCUCGGCUAUGGCGGCAGAGGAAGACCGCCCGCCUCUCGCUCUGUUUACGGCCGUCUACGACUACGUAGCUCAAGGGGAAGAUGAGCUGUCCCUUCGGAGAGGGGAGAUCGUCGAGGUGCUGUCCAAGGAUGCCAACAUCUCGGGGGACGAGGGCUGGUGGACGGGCAAAAUCGGCGAUCGCGUUGGCAUCUUCCCGGCCGUGUACGUCACCGAGGACGACCCUCUGGCGGUCACGUCGGUGAUCGGGGACGUGGACCCUCCUCGAGUGUCGUAUUCGGAGCUGAAACUCGAGGAGGUCAUCGGUUCGGGCGGCUUCGGAACGGUCUACCGCGGAUACUGGAACGACGAGGUCGUAGCGGUCAAAACUGCUCGGCUAGCGAAUGAAGACAUCGAUGUGAUAAAGGAAAGUGUCCUGCAGGAGGCCAAACUGUUUUGGAUGUUGCAACAUGAAAAUAUUGUGUCGUUAAAGGGUGUGUGUUUAGAGAAGCCCGAUUUGUGUUUGGUGAUGGAAUAUGCUCGAGGUGGCCCGUUGAAUAGGGCCUUGUCGGGGCGCAAGAUAAGGCCCAGGAUCCUCGUCGACUGGGCUAUUCAGGUUGCCCGUGGGAUGGCCUAUCUCCAUUUUGAUGCACCUAUAUCGCUCAUCCAUCGAGACCUUAAAAGCUCUAAUGUUCUGCUGAGCGAGGCCAUCUUAACAGACGACACGCUCGAAGACAAAACCCUGAAGAUCACAGACUUCGGCUUAGCGCGGGAGGUGUACAAGACCACGAGGAUGUCGGCGGCGGGGACGUAUGCCUGGAUGCCACCUGAGGUGAUAAAAAACUCAACUUUCUCGCACGCAUCCGACGUUUGGUCCUACGGUGUGCUUCUAUGGGAGUUACUCACAGGAGAAACGCCAUACAAAGGAAUAAACGCCAUGGCUGUGGCAUACGGGGUGGCUGUCAACAAACUAACACUACCAAUACCCAGCACGUGUCCCGAAUCUUGGAGAGUGCUGAUGGAAGCGUGCUGGCGCUCCAACCCUCGGGAACGGCCGAUGUUCCCGGAAAUACUGGAACAGUUGGAAAGGAUCCGGCAGUCAGAGUUCACGCGAGCGCCGCACGAAUCCUUCCACACCAUGCAAGAUGGAUGGAGGCUGGAGAUCGAGGAGGUUCUACGGGAUCUCAGGAGAAAGGAGCAGGAGCUAAGGUGUCGUGAAGAGGAACUCACCCGGGCGCAGUUACAGCAAAGGCUAGUGGAACAAAACCUAGCCCAGAAGGAGCGGGAGCUGGAGAUGAGGGAGAUCGACCUCGCCGCUCGGGAGCUUCAUAUCCUGAUCUUUGCGAGCAACAUGUCUCAUAGCCAGCCGCCGCAGCCCAAUAAACGCAAGGGCAAAUUCAGCAAGAUAAAGUUGCUCAAGAAGGACACGAUCUCAUCCCCGCUCGACUUCAGGCACACCCUCACAGUCCGGCCCUCAGACGACGAGUCCAGCGUGAAGCAGUUGGUGGCAGUCGCUACAGACACGCCUCCGGGCUCGCCCGCCAUCAUGAGGGCUAUUGCUCUGCCAGCGGACGGCGUGAAGGGGAAGACUUGGGGUCCGUCGACGGGGCACCAGCGUGCGCGCGCCCACCUGCCUCUACCCGCGCUGAGGCCGCGCGCGCACCGCCCCUCCACCUCCGCGCCGCACCUGCCGCCGCACGCGCCGCGCGCCUCGCCGCCCGUCACAGGUUGUUUUCUUCCUUACACAGACUUCAGUCCGGACGACUGGGGGCCCGAAUUCCCCCUCAGUUCCUCCUCGAGGUAUACGAUACCUAUGCCCACGCUCUACAGCACUGAAGGUUAUAAAUACAAGAAGCCUAGUAUAAUAGAGCUCGUGCUUUACAAUAUGGCCGCUCUACUGGGCGGCGUGGCGGCCGGCUAUGACGUCAGAGUGUCCAACGUCAGCCCACUGCAUCCCACGCUGCAGCCCCACAGGGCAGAAUUAGAAACGGAAGUGAUACCCCCUUCCAUUUACGAGGGGUACGGAUUUGCACAUAACACCUACCACGGACCCACGCGGCACUUGCGGGCGCCCCUCAACGCCAUUACUGGCUCUCCUAUAACGAGUCUCCAAGCCGAGGAACAAAAACCAAUGCGGUUUACAGACUCGCCAACACACUAUGCACAUCCAUCUUCUUCAUCUGGCUACGGGCAUUCUGUCCAACCCCUUUCCGGAACUUCUGGUCUUGGCACCAAUUAUACUUCUACACAACCCACCCCGUCCCCUAGGCGGACUAGUUCCUCUACUUCUGACCAUCUGGCAGACCUAUACCAUAACUAUAGAGAAAAUUUCCAACCUUCACCUUCCCAAGAUCGCGUUCAGGAUUUUUACUAUCGUGCAGAACCUUACGCCUUCGACAGAACAGCCGAUUAUGUUGUCAAACACCCUUACUACGGCUACGACGAAUGCUCAUUCGACUAUAGAGAACCCACGUCAGACUAUCGACCCCAGUUCUUAACCCACAGACGAACACCCUCAAAUUCCUCGGCAACUAAUUCCCAUCCCGAAGAAUUCUCCCCUUCAAGACAGUACAGGGAAAAGUUUCCCAAGGACAGAAAGGAGGAGUUCCGAACGCCGGAGUAUCCCAGAAAAAACGAUUAUUCGUUGCCAAGAGAUUAUUUUAGACAAGAAUCUCAGGAAGAGAGUGAGAGACCGGCGAAUUUGGGGUUAGAAUUAGCGCCGACGAAAUUACGGUCUAGUCUUAAAAAGUAUAAUAAGAAAACGAGUGCUUCUGGGGGGAGUUCUGGUGGGGGAACACCCACCAAUCCGACACCCCCGGACAGUUUGAGUGAAACAGACAGUUCUUAUGUGUCCGCGAGGGACGCGUCCAGUGGUUCGGCGUCCCGAGUCCGGUUCAGCCCGGACGCGUUAGGGACUGAAAGGCGACCGUCGAGACACUCGUAGCGAAGGCUUAAGAAGUUCGACGACUACCUCGUAUGAUCGGAGGGUGAUCACCAUCUGGCAAUCGUUGCGAUCACCAAUCAUUGCCCCAAUGCUAUGAUCAUUGAUCACGUAAGAAGGGUGUUGCUUAUCACCUGAGAAGAUUUGUUAUAUGUAUCAGUCACAAUCUCAAGAGCUAUGAUCAUUACACAUCUGUGAUCACAACUCUGGUAAAGUGAUUAUGUCACGAUUUCGGGAGUUUAGUGAUCAAUUAUUAUCACAAGUGACCACCAUCUGUGGAUUCUCAUGAUCACUUGAUCAUUAUUCAUUGAUCACAAUGAUCAUUACAAUUCUUCGUAAGUUACUAUGAGUAUCUGGGAGUUUAAUUUCACGCAUCAAUGAUCACAGAGCAUCAAUGAUCACCGCCGGGGGAAAUCAAUGAUCGGUGAUCACCAUCUAGAAAUGUAGUUCGCGGGUAGCGUGGAACGCUUUUUGUCUUUAGUGCGCGGAACGUGCUGGACGCUGGAAGUGGCUUUUAAUGUAUUUGCGAAGUGAGUGCGAGUUCUUUUGACUUUAUUGUGUUGUGGAUUGGCGGGGAUUUGGUGUUACUUUGCAAUGGAUUUAGUUGUAAGGUUUCGAGAUAAAUUAAAGUGUAUAUUAGUUUAGUCAUCUCAUUGUGAUUAGUCAAUCUUCUUAUUAUAUAAAACACAAAUUUUUUUUCUACUUACCUGUCUUGAAACCAUGCAACCAAUGUGCCCCAAACAGGUUUCAUUAGAAAGGCAAUAAUGCGAAGAGUUUUUAGCGCAGUAGCACACGCCGGGUAUCCGGCUAGUAAGUUAUUAAAAAAAUGAAAAUUAUUUUGGUAAAAAUACGCAAACGUUGCAAUAGUUGUUGGUUUUGACCAUUAAAAAAAAGAUUCUCAAUAAAUCAGUGCGUAUUUUUUUUAUUGUGUAUAGAUAGUUUUUUUAAAAUAGUGUAAAAUGGUCAAAAUUCGAUUAUUUCAAUUUUCAUAACCUUUAAAAAACUAAAUUGUAUUGCAAAGUAAUUCUACCUCGCAUAAUUUAUUUCCUGAGAAACUGUUCAAAGUUUAGCCAUAUUCGAGAUAUUUUAGUAAGGUGUUCUUUUUGGCAAAUAUGUACUUUUAUUAUUUUCAGGGAUAUAUUUUUUUUACUGAUGAAACUUUUUUUAAAUUCGCGUAACGAUUUUGGAAAUGAAAAUAAAAUUAUGGAAUUGAUAUCAAAUAAUCUACUUAUUCGAUAAAUUUAAAAGUAUAUUAAAAAAGUUAAGAGUACCUAAGGAUUAUUUAAAAAAACGUACUUAUGAUCUAUUCUUCAACUUAAAAAUUAAUCAAAAUACGGUGACCUUAUGAAUUAAAUGGCAGUUAAACGUUGUGUUCAUAUUUUUGUAGUUUAUUUGUAUAUUUGUAAAACUAAAUCGAAUAAUUAUUAUUUUAAUAUUAAACUCGACAUGUCUAAUGUGUAAACCGGAGUCUCGAUUGGGAAUCCGCAAAACUUGUUCACUUGAGUUUGCGUUAAAUGUCAAUAUGUAUGAAAAAACUGGCCAAGUGCCAGUCAGACUCGCGCAUCGAGGGUUCCGUACAUUUAUAGUCGAGACUCUAUUAUACGUUAUAGUAACUAUAAAAGUAAAAAAAAGCUUUGUCGGAAAAUGAACAAAUGUACUCAAAAUUUCAAGUAUCGGCAGAAAUAUUUUAACUAUCUUAAACGGAUAUUAAAAGAGCUCUUCAAAUGAUGAGUGAGAGCCUUAAAACACAGUUUAGCAAUCAUAUAGUAGGUCAAUUUCUUAAAACGCGUGUAGCUUUCGUCAUCUUUACAUAAUAUUGUAUAGUCUAGAGCUUACAACAUUCGUUCGAUCCCAGAAAUUAAAGAAGACCAGAAAACAAGAUAUAUAGAUUGCUAUACUGUGUUUAAAUCAUAGUUUUUUUUUUUAAUAAUGCGUCGAUUUUCGAAUGGUUAUCCAGGGUCGCCCGAUUUAUCUGUUCACACACAACUGAACAGGCAUUCGAUAGGCAGGGUUGGACACAAAACAGUUUUUUUUUUCUAAAAAGAACUUAGCAAUUUUGUUCAAAACUAAGUUUUUUUUAUAAAAGAAAGUUUUUUUAAGAGGUGAUCCUGACAUUGACAGCUGUCAUUUUACCGCAAUCGAGCACGCUGCCCUGCCUGGUCACUGCGCGGUUGUGUGCGCAUAUUACAUACUUUAGGCACAAAAUAAUAAUUGUACAAAUGUAAAUACCGCGUGCCCUGUACAAGCUUUUUAUUUAACCGACAUUUUGUUUUUACGUUACGUCAUAGAAUGCGACUUUUUUAAUUUUUUUUUUUUACGUUGAUUUAUACAUAGUACAAAUAUAUUUUAAGACAUCCUGUAGAUUUUAUUGACGUGUACAAUCGAUCUGAUGUGAUAAUGGCGAUCGGUUUUGUCUAUAUUUGAGAAAAAAUUCGCCAAAAUGACUUUCGAUCUUCAAGUGUUCGCCAUAUUUUAAAAACUUGACGUAAAUUUGAAUGUUAUUGUUAGAUUUCUUACAUACCUUAAUUUUUUUUUAAUCAAGCAAUGAUUGCUGCUGGCACUAGUUUGGCGAAUUUAUACGAGUUAAUAAGUUGAAGGUUUUCUCAAUAUUGUUGGUACACAUUGUAGAUUGUAUCCAUUCACUAUGUAUAUUUUGGACGAAAAUGCCGAAUGGCGUUAUCAAAUCGGAUCUACGUGUAAUCAAUUGUGUGUAUAUUUGAACUAACAUUAUAUCGUGUAAAUCUAAUUAUUUAGUAAGUUGUAUGCAUUUUGUACAAAAUACAAAAAAGAUCAAAUAUAGAAAUAUGAUAUUUUUUACUAAAAUAUCGAGAAAAGUGAACGUAGUUUAAACGUAGGCAGCUUUUUGUAUCCCACAAGAAAAUGUACACUAGUAAAAUGAAAUGUACCUAGUCGAGAUUAUUGCAUAUCCACAUAUAUUAUACCUACGUCAAAAGUAUCUGUGUUACUUACUGUCAGCUAGAAAAUAUAAUAGCCAAUCGAACUAUAAAAAGUUAUUUGAAAAAAGGUCCUAACCAGGGUUUAGCAUUGUUUUAAACAAAGUACUGUGAUACUCAUGUGGGUUAGGACCAGGGUUAGAAAAAACAAAGCAGUUUUGUUUAAAACAUGAUUAAAAACAUGUUUGAAACUGUGUUUGUGAAAUAAUCACCAUUUUUGGUUGAAUUUGGUGGUACUUAAUCCAAAAAUUUAUCAGAAGUUGAUUUGACUAGCACGAGGUACAUAGGUAUUUCUGACGGCUAUAAAAAAAUGAUAUUAAAUUGUAUUUGAUAUUACGCUUAACGUAACCCGAAAACUUUAUCAAAAUCGUCACAGUAGCUUCUCUAUAAAGAUUUUAUUGGUAUAAAAUUUGCAAUUUUAAUUAUUCAUGAUUUUCUACAAUAUUGUCGAUUCACACUAACCUACUUUUCUUACGUGUAAUUGAAAAUUGAGAAAAAUAGGCUUUUUUUUUAUUAAAAUGCUUGUUCUUAGAAAACUAGUUAUUUUACUCGAAAAUUAAAAGUACAUAAUAUGUAAUUACUACAUGUACAUUUGUAAUUAAUAAAUUGCUAAUUCUUGAAGUAAAAUGAAUUAAUAACACUUACACGCGUAUUCACAAACGUUACUAUGAGGUUUCAUAGUGCGCUCGGACGCACAGUGUAGGUUCCACCAAUCAGAUGACUGUAUCACGUCAAUUUACAAUGAUCUGAUUGGUGGAACCUACACUAUGCGUUCGAGCGCACUGUGAGACCUCAUAGUAAUGAUUGUGAAUGCGGCCGUUAUUGUAUGUACCACAAAAAAGAACAGAUAUGUAGUUAAUUAAACAGGUUAGAUAGCAGGUCCAUUUUGACGGUUAAAUGCUGCAAUAUCCCCUUAAACAAACCAAAUAAGGUAAGAUUUUGCUACCGAAAAGAUUCUAUUAGAUUUAGAUUAGAUUGGCUACUGUGAUUUGAUUUUUUAAAAAUUAGUACCUAAGGGGGCGAAACGUACUCUCACGUACUCCUAAUAUCAUAAAUAUGAGAUCAAAAUUAAUCGAUAAGAUGUAUGUAUAUCGGGAAGUUAAAUAUUAAAAUUAGCUUUGAUAUUAUUAGCGAAUAAACCAGUGCCUAAAGUUUGCUGGAACGAUUUUAAUGAGAUUUCGUCAUGGAUAUGUGGAUUUUGAAAAUAUUUUCAAAAAUUAAGGCUUGGAUAAACAACGCGCGAUGGCUGCGCGACGCGACCGAAACGUAGCUCCAAUAAACUAUAUCUUAAGUCGGAGAGGGUAAAAAAGAGUAUGUACAGACUUUUAAAAAAGUGUUCUUUAUUUAAAUUUUCAAAACAGUAGGUUUAUUUUCUUUUUGCAGUAGAUGCAUAAUAAUUUUGCGUUUUAAAAAUUAUAUUACAAUUCUACAUUCUUUCUAAGUUCUAAUUUUUUAGCAAAUUUAUUAUUAUCAAUUUUGUGACGACGUUUUCCCUCAGCUGAUUUUUACACUAGAAAAAAGUUACAGCAGUCGUUUCCAAAACUUCUAAAAUAAUUAUAAGUAUUUCUUAACAAUUUCUACAACGUGGUUAACAAUAUUAUGAAGGAGGCAAAAUAGUCUGAAAUAAUGAUAGUAUAAUGCGUACAAAACUAGAACUCACUCGCCAUUUUAGCUUUGUGUCAACUGUCGUGUCAAAU